AUGGUGAGUUACCUCAUCUCCCUCGGUCUCAAGACGGCGGAUUUAGAAAAAGUAGUGGUGAAUUGCGCCGAGCUUCUCAAUCGACCGGUGCCGCGAGUGAUUACUCGCGUGGAGUACUUGCAAAGCGAACUCGGAUUGGAGAAGAAAAACUUACGGCAGAUCGUGAACAAGGAUCCACGUAUUUUGCUUCAGAGAAAUCGACACUCUAUUCCGCGCUGUAGAUACCUCACCAAAAUCGGUGUUCCCCAGGAAAAGUUGGCCGACGUGCUCGGUAAGCAACCAAGCAUUUUACACCUCAGCGUGCAAAAGGGAUUGAUGCCUCGCGUGCAGUAUCUCAAGCAAGAGGUUGGAAUUUUGGCGGAGGAUAUCCCCCUGUUGAUCCAGCGGUCGCCCGCAGUGUUGACGUUUUCUAUUGAAAACCAGAUUCAGCCACGCGUGGAGUUUUUGCGUGACCUCGGUAUAAGCAAGGACAACGUGGUGAAGAUGAUCACGCGGCACCCGCAGAUGCUUCACUACUCUUUCGAAAAUCUUGAAGAGAAGCUUCGAUUUCUCGGCGAGAUUGGCAUGAACGAUAGCGAAACUGCGUUGACAGUGACGCGCCUUUCGCAGUUCUUUUCGCUUUCGGUCGAGGACUCGCUUAGGCCAAAGUUCAAGUACUUGACGAACGAGCUCGGCGGCUCCAAGGAUACGUGCGUCAAGUAUCCCGCGUACUUUUCCCUUUCGUUGGAUCAACGCAUUCGCCCGAGGCACACAUUUCUCGAGCAGUUCGAUCUCGCGCCGGAUCCGUUUCCCAUGAAGUUGUUGAGCGUGAAGGACGAAGACUUUGUCGUUCGAGCCUCCAAGUCGAUCGCCGAGUUCGAGGCGUACAAAGAAGAAAUGGUUCCGAUUUUCGCCGCGCAGACCGCCCGGGAGAAAACUUUACGCGAAGUGUCGAACUCUGCAGAGCAGCAACGCAUGCUGCUCGAGCGCAAGCGCAUAGAGUUCAUUCGGACUACGCACGAAGAAACUGUUCGCAAGCGCGAAUACAGCGAGCGCGUCGCCAAGGCGCGCCAGAGUCUUCGACUACUGAAGGGUCGAUCUCAGCACCGCUCGCGUUGA